UAGUCCCAUCCGCGGGUCAUGACCACGACGUUCUUCCAGCCGGUCAAGCUGCCCGGCGGCAGUCCGCCCGAGUGGACCGGAAGCGAGUCGGAGCGAUCCAGCGUUCACUUGCGGCGACGCACCGAGACUGGCGCCCGCCCGCUGGCCAUGUCGCGCGGGCGCAGCGAAAGCAGCGGCCUCCGAGGCGUGGGCAGCUAUGCGCGGGGUCGCAGCAUGAGCCUGCCCGCGGACGACGUCCCUAUCGAGAGCACGGACGAGCUGCUCAUCGACAUUGACACACCAGUGUCCAAGUGCAUGAUCUACACGACGACCGUGCUCGAGCGCACCAACUCGGUCAAAAGUGACAGUAGCCGCACGGGCGACGAAGAGUAUGCCCCUCGCCCCACCGAGACAUGGCUUGACGAAGUCAUGAACAGCAGGAACCCGGUCCAGCACCGCAACACGACCAUCGACGACACGUUGCCUCGGCCAGUUUUGCCUGACCGGUUGUCGCGGCUCGAAGGGCCCAAAAACUUGACAUCGAACCGAAGCCGGGGCUUCUCGGUCGCGGGGCGUGACUCUGGCUACGUGCGCCACGGCAACUCGCCCGCGCGCAACGGCGACACGUCGCUUCGCCUCCCUGCCAAGUCGACCGCGCUUCUCAAUUUUCCACGCAACACACGCCGGGCCGUGGGCGCGACCGUCGGCAGCAGCCUUGGGCAGACGCUCGUCAACUCGACGCCCGAGCCGUCCAUGACGCCGUCGCUGUCCUUUGACGGCAGCAACGGGUCGAAGAAGCUGGUAAUGGACGAACUGACGCAAUCGGAGGGCGGUCGGGACCGCGUCUCGCUCUUUGACUUUGCGAAAAAGCACGACAGCAGCAGCAAAAAGCCCAACCCGGUCGCCGUCGCGCUCGAGAAGAUGUGUACAAAGGACAAGGACGCGGUGCCCAACAGCCCGGCGAAGAAGGACAAGUCGUCCAAGAAGUGGUGGGAGCUCUCCAACAAGCACCACAAACACCAACCGCCGCCGUCGAUGGAGAAGAAGCAGGUGUCUGUGGCGCUGGCCGCGCCCGACCUCUCGGCGGUGCCCAAGAAAUCGAUCCUUGUCGCGACGCCGCCGACGCCGACGCGCCUCACGACGCAGACGUUCGACGACAACGACGACGACGACGACGACAACCACAGCAUCUUUAGCUCGCUUCGCAACGUCGACUUGGUCUCGUCGUACAUUCGCGAGUCGGCGACCAAGGACGCGGCCAUGGAAGAGGACAUUGCCAAGGCGCUCGACGAUGCCGAGAGCGACGUCGUCGACGAACCCAUUGUUGACGAACCCCUGGUCGCGUCACCCGUGACGCCACCGCCCGUCCCCGCGGCCGCGCCCGGGCUCCUCCGGCCGCCGCCAAAGAAGGCGCGCGGCAACGCCAACAUGGUGGCAUUCUUGGGCGGCUACAAGCAGACGCAGGGGCCCCGGGGCAUGCUCAAGCUCGGGGUCGCGAGCGACAUUGCGUCGCGCGCCAAGAACAUCCGGAAGCGGACGGCCGAGACCGCGCUCCAGCGGCAGCUGGCCGAAGCCAAGGCGCGUAUCCCGCUCGAAUUCGCCGACAUGUCGGGCGUUGUCGUCAAGGAGCACAAGCGCAACACGACCCGCAGCGUGACGUGGCCGUCGGAGGAGAGCGCGCUCGAGGAUAUUUAUGUGUUUGAGGUCGUUGAGCCCGAGCCCGAUGACGCGUCGAGUAGCAGCAGCCGUGACGCCGACGACGAGCCGCAUACGCUCGUGGAUUUGUAAUCGUUCGUCUUAUUUAGUCUGUUCUUCGUCGGA